AUGGACGGCGAUAUAAGUAGUAUAACUUCGACGCCAAGUAAAAACAAUGAUAAACUUUUGCUGCACGAAAUAGACGAGUUUUUAACAAAAGUCGAAGCCUACGAAAGUCCUGAAACAAGAUGUAAACGUGAUGAGACACUUUGCCCGGAAAACGUUAUAAAAGCUACUGGAAGUUAUAUUGCGCAGCAACUAGAGUCAAAACAUGAUGAAAAUAAAAUAGUGCUGCCAAGCGGUAGGAGGGUUUCCAGUAAUGUUUUAGACAAAUAUAUUUAUCUAGUCAAGAAUAAAGACAAACAAACUGAUAAAGUAUCACAGAAAAGUGAUGAUGUCACAGAGAGUUCUAAUAACAAUUCCAAUCCCAUACAACAAAUAAAACAAGACAACAAGUCGCCUAGCAUAAGAAAAUUAAACUUCUCAGAAAUCAAAGAAGCAAACCCGACAUCUACUCCAAAAAAGUAUCCCCAUUGCUCAAAACAUGAUAGUUUUAAGCCAUCUUCAAAUAAAAUUUAUGACCGCGCCUCCAAAGUUUUGGAAGAUUAUAAAGCUCAGAGUUACAACAACAAUACCCCUUCAUCUCUGACGGACACAAAUGAGUACUUAUCUGAGAAAGGAGACUUUAAAUUGCCACAAAUGAGGCCAUUUAUGAAUAUAAAGGACAAAAUGACAGCAUUGCAAAUGGAUUCCAUGGAUACAGACCUUUUAAGCCUAAGUGAGCUAUGGGGGGAAAAGGGUGAAAGACUAGAAAGAGCAGAGAGCUUAAAAUUAGAGGAAGAAAGACUGAAAAGAGAGCAUUGCGAGGUCAUGAUCCAGCAAUUGCAGAGGAAGAUCUUGGAGCAACAGGAGAAGUUAGCUGUAGCCAUUAAGGUUGACCGGGGCAAGGAUAUAGCCAUCAACAAGCUGAGGGAGGCUUGGCUCAAGCUCACUCAUAGUUUAGACCGUGCUGAAGAAAGGCACAGGGCGGCCCUGGAGAAAAUGGUUAAAGAGGUGGACAAUUUUAAAAUGGUCGCUGAUGAAGCUCAGAAGAAAACUCGCCACUUCGAAGCGGAGCUGUACAAAGCUCUUGACUUGGCGCACGACUAUCAGGACAAGUGCAAGCAACUUACCACUGAGAAAAAGGAACUGCAGGACAGCACCGAGAAGUCCCUCGCAGACAAGGAGGAGGUGCUGAGGAGUAAAGAAAAAGAAAUAGAGGUGCUGAAAGAAAAUUACGAAACCUUCAUGAGACUGAACAAGCAGUCGACCGAUUGUGUGAAAAAUUUAGAAGAAGCUUUGGAGAAGGAAAAAUCUGAGCAUGAUUCAACUAAGAGUAAAACGGACGAGCUCAGCCGUAAGAUGCAGUCAUGCCAAGAGGAGAUGUUGCUGGUAAGCCAAGAGAAGGACAUAUUAAAGGAGAAAGUGAACGAAGAGAGAUCCAGGUGCAAUCUUCUCGAGAGGCAACUUUGCGACAUGCAAAAUAAAAACAGUGACCUCCUUAAGAAAUGUGAGUCAUUGGAGAAUGACGUGAAAACUCUCCGUAAGCACUUGGAACUGCAGAAGAACGAGCUGAAGGGCCAUUACCAGCAGCAGUUGGAGGAUGCUGUGCUGUCGAAGCUCAAGGAGUUCCAGGUGCAGCUCGACCUAGCGCAGAGGGAGAUGGAGGGGGAGGCGAGGAGUAAAGAGAAUGCUAUAGUCGACACUUACAACAACCAAAUAGCCCAUAUUGAGGAACAGCACAGAUUGGAAGUGAGUGUACUGGAAGAGAAACAGAAAGAGGAAAUCAAACUUUACAGGCUACAGUUGGCACAAGCCAGUGAAAAGAUUGGCUUGUUAGAGAAUAAAUUGGAGACAUAUCGGCACCGACGUGGACAAAUAGCUUCGCAGUUGCACAGUGUGAUGGAGGCGCAAUGGCGGCAAGCGCUACAAAUUCUCACUAACGGCCAGGCCGCCAGUCAGCCAGCGAGCCAGCCCAUGAGCCAGCACGCGAACCAGCCACCGGCCAUGUUAGACAGCAACUUAGCCAACCACGGUGGCUCUGUUGGCUUCUCGUCGUUGGAUCUUUCCAGACCAAAUAGUGUGGUAGCGGGUGGUAGCAGACGAGCGCACAGACACGCGGAUCCUCUCAGCGACCACGAGCUCCAGCAAUACGUCAACCUGUUACUAUCUAAGCCGGUGGGCUCGGAUUUGAACCUGGACACGGAGGUUGAAGAGCUGAAGUCCGGUCCAUUGCACGAGCCACCCACCAGCGAUCGGGCGGACAGAAAAGAGCGUUCCGCGAAACGUUCUCUCAACCCCAACAAGCCGCCGUGGAAAGCU